AUGGCGACGAGAAUCGCUUAUGCCUUCAUCCUUUUAAUCAACUCGAUUGUUUCCUGGAUUAUGCUCACACCAUGGGCGUUGAAGAAAUUGCAACACUUAACGCUUGAUUAUAUGGAGAUUCGCUGCGACGGCAAAGAAUGUCAUGGCUGGGUUGCUGUGCAUCGCAUCAACUUCGGUCUCGGUCUCUUUCACUUGAUUUUCGCCCUCCUCUUACUUGGUGUUAAAAACACUCGAGAUACUCGCGCCGCACUUCAGAACGGAUUCUGGGGACCGAAGAUCAUUCUCUGGCUGGCCUUUGUUGUCAUGUCAUUCUUCAUCCCCGAAUCUUUCUUCUUUGUAUACGGAAACUACAUCGCCUUCUUCUGUGCCAUGCUUUUCCUCCUCUUGGGCCUGAUCCUUUUGGUGGAUCUUGCGCAUUCAUGGGCUGAGUUGUGUCUACAGAAGAUUGAAGAUAAUGACUCGCGGUUGUGGCGCGGUCUGCUCGUUGGCUCUACCCUCGGCAUGUACUUGGCAUCUAUUGUCAUGACGGUCUUAAUGUUCAUCUUCUUUGCUCGGGGUUCAUGCUCCAUGAACCAGGCUGCGAUUUCGAUCAACCUUAUUCUGUUCCUGAUUGUCUCGUUUGUUUCCGUGCAACCUGCUGUGCAGGACUCCAACCCUCGCGCGGGCUUAGCUCAGGCUGCCAUGGUCACAGUUUACUGCACAUAUUUGACACUUUCCGCUGUAUCGAUGGAACCCGAUGACAAAAACUGCAACCCCUUGGUUCGCUCCACCAGUACCAGAACUGUUACCGUCGUUUUGGGUGCCAUUGUCACUAUGGCCACCAUUGCAUACACUACCACGCGUGCUGCUACUCAAGGUAUUGCACUGGGAUCCAAGGGUGGUCACAGUUACAUUCAGCUGGAUGACGAUGAGCAUGGGCUGGUUACGCAGCAACCUAACACCCGUCGCGAGAUGCGGGCAGAGGCUCUCCGAGCUGCGGUUGAAAGCGGCAGUCUGCCGGCUAGCGCCCUAGAUGACGAUGACGAUGAGGACGAAUUUGAGACCAGCAGCAAAGACGAUGAACGUGGCUCGACACAGUACAGCUACACACUUUUCCACAUCAUCUUCUUCCUUGCUACUACCUGGGUGGCCACCUUGUUGGCGCAAGGACUGCAGGUUGAUACAACUGACGUUGACUUCGCGCCCGUGGGUCGGACAUACUGGGCGAGCUGGGUGAAAAUCAUUAGUUCCUGGGUGUGCUACGCGAUUUAUUUGUGGACAUUGGUCGCACCGCUUGUGUUGCCCGAUCGCUUUUGA